CAAAUAAAAUCCAAUCCAAAGCCUCUGCGCCCACGCCGAACUUUUAUACGCCCUUUGGGAAAAAGAACGAACGCCAACGCAAAAUUGGAUUCGGCCAAAUAAAAAGCAAAGGAAGCAGUAACACACACACACGCACCAAGCUAAAACAGAACUUUAAAGCUUGUUCGUUUCACAGAGAGAGCAUUUAUUCUCCAGCUUUUUUAUUCCUUUGUUGUUGCCUUUUAGACAAACGGAGUUUGGGUUGAUCUUUGUUUGCCAUCACCUUUUGGUUGACCGACUUUUUGAUCAUCCAGGUCGCUAAAAAACAAAAGGUGCAAGCCACAACAUAUCGCAUCUUUUUGUGGAGAAAGGGGAACUGCCGUCGUUCACUCUUUCUCUCCAUCUUAUUCUUUUAGUGCAUCCUCCUCUAUUCUCACAAAUCUUAUUCACAUACUCUUUAUUUCGGCACAUGACUUUAACCGAAGUACGAUUUCAAUCACCACAUUCAAUCUCAACAGGAUUAUAUCGACCUUUACAAACAUUUGAAGCUCCAAAUACAACAACAUCUCCACCUCUUUCUUCAAUUCAUCAACGUUCUGCCAGCCUUGGCGGUCCUUCUCACGAAAGCAGGAUGGCAAUGACAGGCACGGACGAAUUUCGUGAAAGAAAGAGAAGAUUCGAAUUAGAAGCUGGAGGCGGCUUGGAUAGACAAGCAGCGGCUAGGUUUACAUCCAAUUCACCUCCAUCAAGAAUGUAUCCUCGUGGAAGCAGUGGUGCGGGUGUGGAAAGAAACGGUCAUGCAUCACCAAGAGCACGUUAUGCUACCGCUUAUGGUCAAAUGGAAUAUGCAGAAGAAGAUGCUGAUGCAUACAACAAAAGACGUAGAAUCGAGGAAACAGAAUAUGCAUCUGCAGAGGAUUACAGAAGGGCAAGAAUGCAAAGCGAAUUGGCAAGCGGAAAUGGCGGUGGAAUAGAUGAACGUUAUGCACAUCCACAGGAACACCGUCGAUCGAUCGGAGAAGAUUCUUUUGAUCCAACCGUACCGCUUGCAAGAAGGAGAGGUGAUGCAGCACAAGCAAAAGCAAGUCGAUUACACAUCGAUACCGGCUAUGGAGGCGGAACAGAAGUGGACAUGUUUGGAAGACCUCGCUUGGCACCACAACCUGCCACACAUGGUAUCAAAAGUGCACCGCCUCACAAAAUCUCCUUCUCUGAACGUGGAGAUUCUGCUUUUGAUCCUCGUGGAUACGGAGGUGCUCCACCAGGAAACAUUCGUGUACAAGGUGAAGCACCAGGAGGUGUCGGUCACCCUCAAGGAGCAGCUGGACCGUAUCAACGUCGAUUGGAGGCAGACGGAUAUGUGACAAAUGAAGGUCAAGGUGCAAUUCCUUCACAGCGAAGAGAGGCAGGACAUUAUGCUGCUGCUCCUUCCAACCUUGCACCAGGUGUUGCAGCCCUUCGUGGAGGAAUGGCACCAAGUGCAACACCUUUGACAGCAUCGCGUGCAUUUGUUCCUCAAACAGCCACACUUCCUUCGCCUGCUUAUCAUACGACCAAGUUCAUCGGACAAGCAGGUGGUGCAGGUCCGAUCAAUGCAAGCGUGAAUGCAAACAAUCAUUCAUCUUCACGUGAGCAAGUUCCACCAGGGCCAAGAACAGCAGGUUUCAAUCCACCGGCCACGGCAAGAUUGCCUGAUCAUCUUCGUUCACCUCCAUCGAGCAAAACGCAGUUCUUAUCUUUGUUUUCCAACUUUUAUGAUAGUUUGCAAGAUAGUAGAACGUUGAAAGCAACUUUGGAAGAUCAAGUUCGCCGAUCAAAUACGCUCUUGCAAACCCUUCGAAGCAGUGCACGGGUAUUGGAAGUUACAGUAGAAAGAAGGCUGAACUCCGAAAGAGCCAUUUGGGAACAAAAAGUUCAUGCAUUGGAAGAACGUUGUCGUCGUUUGGAACGCCGAACAGGAGCAGGUUCACCAACACCGCCAAAAGAAGUUGAAAAGGCAACAGAAGGCUCGAAUGGAAGAGCGGAAGAAGAUGGCAAAAGUGCUAGCCCAGCUUCAGGCUCAAAUCAUGCAUCAGAAAAAGGAUCAGACAAUGAAGCCAAAGCGGACAAUGAAAGCUCAAAGAGAUGAUCUUGUAAUAGCGCGGCGCGGUAUAAUGUAUAUGAUAACGAUCCGUUCAAAAUCUGCACUUUGCAAAUAUUCGCUCAUUUCUUUCAUCUCAAGAUGCCUUGUUUGCUUGCAAUGCAUGACAAAAUCCGCCAAAUGACCCUUAUGUAUACUGCCCUUUCCUCCAGAUGUUUCUUUCGUUUCUUCGUAUUUCUCAAUACUCUUUUCUUUAUUUAUUGUUUGGUCUCGACUCAGAAUCGAUCUUAUGUAUUACGAAUAAUCUUAACCAGCUAUCACAUCAAUCCAUAUAGUGAAUUAUUGCACAC